ACAACCCCAUCCAAUAAUCUCGUCUCCGAACCUAAUAAAUGUCUACGGUGUAUAGUAAUCCAGUAAGCCGGACUUGUCGAGUUUACUCCAUACUCCAUACUUUGUAAGAACGGUCUCACUACAAACAAAAUUUGAUUUAGACACAAUAAAAGGGAUAGUGCGGCCCGAACCAAAAAAAAAAACCCAAAGAGAGAGCUAAAAGAACCAACAGACAAUUGUUUAAUUACAUUACAAAUCUAAAAUACUUUACUCCAAAGACAAUUGAAAGAUGGCCGCCUCAGCUCAGCAUGCAUCAAAGUUUGCCCGUUACAUGAACAGUGAAACUGGUCCAAAAACCGUUCAUUUUUGGGCACCAGUUUUAAAAUGGUGUUUAGUUAUUGCAGGUUUCAAUGAUUUACAAAGACCAGUUGAAAAGAUUUCCGGAACUCAACAAAUUGCUUUAUUCUGUACUGGUGCUAUUUGGACUAGAUGGGCAGGAUUUGUUAUUAAACCUCGUAAUGCGUUAUUAGCGUCUGUCAACUUCUUCCUCGGGGGUGUUGCCGGUUAUCAAAUAUAUAGAAUUGCUGACUAUAGAGUUAAAGCUGGUGACUCUCCAUCACAAGUUUUCAAAUAUUUACUCUCUGGUGAUAAUGCUGCUCCAGCUGCUCCAGCUGCUCCAGUCUCAGAUAAGAAAUAAAUGAACUCUUUAUGACCCUUUAACUUUUUUUUUUAUUGAUUCUUCCCCUUCAUUAGACUAAUAGUCUGUAUAUUUAAUAUUUAUUUUUGUAUUCUUUUC